AUGUUGUUUCUAUUCGCCCUUUUUUCAACAAUUCAAUAUGCCAUAUCUGAAGAAGCUUUGGGUAUGUUCCGAAAAUUCUACAAGUAACAAUUCAUAAAUCAUAUUUUCAGUUUGCAAUUCAGCAACAAAUAUUACAAUUCCACAAAAUUUAACUGAUUCGAUAAGUGUUCCAUCUUAUUGGAAUUCAACACUCUCACCGCCAACAUAUUCAUCGAAUCAAGAUUGUCGUUGGUAUUUUCAAAUUCCACACGGUUAUUAUGCACAUUUGGUUAUAAGUAGUAAAAUAGUUGCUCCAUCUAAAAUAAAAUAGUUGCUCCAUCUACAAAAGACAAGGCUUUAUCUCUUCUCUAAAAUUGAAUGAAUUAUCAACGAAUCAAGAUGUGACAGAAACUAUCGAGGGGAACGAUUAUUACAACUAUACUACCAGAGUUAUCAACCAUGGCCUUGUUGGAAAAGCAACUUUGCGAAUCAUAACUUAUGAUAGUUGGAAUAACACUAUUGAUAAUCAUACAUAUGAUUUCUACAACUUGCCCACAAGAAACAGUGAUGUUCAUCCUGGUAAAUCAUUGAAUUUGAUCUACAAAUCGAACGGAGAAAAAACAAAUGGAAUCCUUGUUGAUUUCUCCAUCGUCAAAACAAAUUCUUCAACAAAAAUCAAUUAUCUAUAGCUUUCAGUUAUCGUAUUUCUAUUUUUUAAUUAAAUAAACGUUGAAGUUUAGAAUUCUUCAGUUGGUGAAAGUUCAAAAACAAAAUCAAAGUCCAGAACCACCUGUCAAGCUUUUCAAAAAACAACCAGAAAAAUUCGUACAGAAAACUCGCAACUGUUCAAAUAAACAGACAAGGGUCAUUUUUCCUCCUCAACAUUUUUUUGACCAAACACACUUGUCAACUGCGUUUUUUUCGCCGUCUCUCGCAUUUUCACGUACCAGGUCGGGCAUUUGUUUGAACUCAUCUCUGCGCACUCUUAGGUAAUCCUACUAUUUAUCUUUAUUUUCAUUUCGGAGCCGGAAGGUUUCAUUCGACAAAAGUAUGCUCGUCUUAUAGACAGCUAUAAGGAAGUGCAACUUUUUCAUUAAAAUCUUUUGUUUUAUUUUAUGCUGAAUCUUGCGGUUUCUGUUUUUCUUGAAAACAACAACAAUAGAAUGUCUCAGGUUUCAUCGUUCCGGAAAUCAUAUUCAAAACGUUUCUGAACACUUCUGUCGCAUUCUUUGUGUUCUGUAUGUUUGUUGAAUGGUUCGGUUUAAUUUUAAUCCGAAAAUUGACCAGUAAGAAAAGAAAGAUGCACUUGAAAAUCGUAUUCAUUUUUUUGGUCAGCGCGAAGGCGAAAACCGUGAGACACUUGAACUACAGUUCAUUUUCCAAAUGUAUCGAUUCCUCUCUUAAAUAUUGUUAUACUUUUUUGAUUAAUUAAAUUUUUUGAAAUCGUUCAUUCUUGAUUCCCAAAAUUUGAUUUCAGAUGACAUAAUGGUACAUAUAAAUUUAACCCGGUUAGCUCACACUUGUGAGCUUUUGAUGUCUGAACAACAGAUUGAUAUAAUCGAACAGCGUCAUGAGCGACUACACAAAUCAACAUCUACAAUUCUCAUCAUCACACCAAUAUUUUCGCUAUUAUCAUUUUUAUUCUCGCUUUCUUUGUUAGCCGCAAUCAUCUUUGCGCUUCUCGGAAGAAAAAUUCCAUCGAGAAAAUAUAGGUGACUUAAAAUACUAUAUUUGUAAUAAAUGAUGUAAUUUCAGUAUAAUAAUAUCUCGAACAUCCGCCGAUAUAUUUUCAUCUGUUUUGAUCGCCGCUGCCUCUCUUUUUGCCAAUACAUUUUCCGCGUCUUAUAUGGUUCUAACUUUAUUCCUUUAUAUUUGUACGUUUGGUGUCAUUCAUUUAACCACUUCUCAUUGUGCUGUCAUUGUUUUAAGACAUGUAAGUUAGAAAAAAAACAAUAAAAAAAGUUGAAUAAAAAUUCGGCUUGUCGGAAAAUGCGCCAGCCUCUCAUUUUUGAGUGUUCCGCAAUAAUUUCAAAAUCUUCUGGUUAUAGAACCGAUUGGAAAGCCCCGUAAUUGAUGAUCUCCCCUCAAAUCCCCACCCAUCCCUUCUAUGGAAAACCCGAAAAACCAAAACUAACUUCCAAUUGAUCCCAACAAGCCAAAAAUUGAGGAUGUUGAACAACUGUUCUUGCUCGAAGUGUUUCCUUUUGAAUAUUUCAUAUUUCUGAAAAAAACAAUGCAUUUUUGAAUAAUUAAUAUUUUGAGAACUAACUUUAUUUUAGAAAAUGUGACCCAGUUCAUAUGUUCUUCAUUUUUUCAAUAAUCCACUCAUUUUUAUAGAUCAGUGUAACCCGGCCAUAUGGAUUCCAAUCAAUUUGUAGUAUUCGACGUUUAUCGAUGACAGUCAUAUUUAGUUGGAUUCUCUCAAUAAUGUAUUUGGCAGCCUAUGCACCAAUGAUCAAUGUUAUUGUGAAUCCAUCGAAAGAAUCCACGGUUUGCGGUUAUCAUUCUUGUCAAAGACCAUUGAUUAUAACUGCAAUUAGUAUUGUUUUCAUUUCAAUGUUCACAGUUUUAUCAUCUUUCGGAAUUGUUUGCUUGAAAAUGACACAAGUUUCACAUACAGAGAAGUUUGUUUAUUGCAAUUUCUCAUUGAUUUUCUCAAAAUUUUGUAGAAUGCAUAACGAACCACAGGCGACGAAGAAAAAGCUCUACAAAUUUCUAAAAUUUGGAGCACAUUUAGCACUCUACACUUUGAUUGUCACACUUUUAGUCAUUGGUGCUUUUGUGAUUUUGAAAAAUGCUGAAGAUUAUCAUCAAGUUAAUCGUAUGAUUUCAAUUAAUUGUGAUGUUUAUGAUGUAAGUUCAAAGGAGAAAUUAGAGAGUUACGGGAAUUCUCUAAAAAGUUAUUCCCAGACAAAAUUAUUAUUUUUCCAAAACCUGGAUUUUUCGAAUUUUUAUGCCUAUUUUAAUAUUAAUGUAACUUCAAAACAAAGCUGUCAACUCGAACUGUCUUUGAAUAUGAACAAUUAUUUUUUUUAGUAUAUCAACAUAAAACUUCAUCUCGAAACCGUUGCCGGUGGUGCAGUUCUCCUUUGGUGUGUUCGAAUUAUUUUCGAUGUUCUUAUCACUUUCCUUGGCGAAAUUCGUCUUUUACCCUGGAUCAAAUUGGACAAUUUGGAAAGUUUGGACAAUAAAAAGAAGCCUGUUUUGCAUGUUCGACACGGUUUAGGAUGGCAAAAAGGUUCUUUGAAUUGUCCGGUUUUCAACAUUGACAAUCGUUUGCAUCCACUAGAUUUCAAAAAUUGA